GAUGGCUGAGUUUGAACGGAUGAAGAGAGAAAUUGAUCAGCUGAAGAAGACCGUUCACGACAACAAGAAGAACAUCAAGAAGCAGAAAGAGGUGAGUACUUGUCUCGACAUCUGUGACGUCCUCAAACCGGCAUGUUCCCAGACGAUACAGAACCUCAAGACUGAAUUGGACUCAGGAAAGCUUGUGCGCUAGGAAAAGCCAAGAGGCUCAGUUGGAGAUGCUGAAGACAAAAUCGCAGCAGAAAGACGAAAUUCUCAAUGCUAUCGAGACUAGCCUUCAAUGUCAGAUAUGUAUGGAACUACUCUUUAAACCUUAUGCUCUGUCGCCUUGUGGUCACAUCCUCUGCCUGUCAUGCCUACAAGAGUGGUUUCGCAAAGCUCCGCCUUCUGCUGAAGAUAUGGAGAUCGACGAGGACAUCAAUGAUCCAGAAUUUAUCAUUCAUCGUCAGAAAUCAUGCCCUUGUUGUCGUGCCGUGAUAUUUGAUCGACCCGUUCCUGUGUUCCUCGUCAAAUCAGUUACAUCCAUGUUGAUAAAGGCCAAAGGACCUGGACAUACCGCGGCAAGCCCACUUUGGCGCACGGACGGUACAUCCUUGGCGGUUUCAGAUGAUGUCUGGAAGGGUAUUUUUCCAGAUGACGCUUACGAAGAGGAGGAAGAGGAGGAAUAUGACUACGAUGAUGAGGUGGUUCGGUGGUUCACAGCCCCAUAUGAUGAUUCUGAUGAAUACGAGAGCUACGGCAGUGACGAGGACGAGUCGAUGGGUGAAUUAGAAGACGAUACCGAUAACACUCCGUAUGUCCCUGCCAUCUGGGAACCUCCCACAGUCUACUAUCGCGCACGGACACGCCACAGUUUGGAGUUUACUCACAUGAUGCGUCGAGGAUGCACACGCGAGAUGAUUCACACCUACGGGAUGACUUACACGCACGAAGAGGGCCUUGUUGCCCACGUCUAUACGCUGGAUCCAGAUGCCGAGGUCAUACCAUACCGAGCAGAUGAUACACAGAACAUUAUUCGCAUUUUCUUGGGAUGGAAUGUUGUACUCGAGCCUCGUGAUCACGGACAUGGUUUUCUGAACCAGUUACUAAUCGACUACCGCGAACAUCCAGAGAGAUUCUCCACACAUCGUCUAGAUGGCACAUUGGACAUCAAGAAGCUGGUGAGGGAAGAUGAUAUCCAAGCCAUGUCAGAUGAUAACACGACGGACUCGGAGUAUUGGCAUGAUAAUCGGAUAGACUCGGAUUUCUAAGGUAGAAUGAAGAUAUAAUUGUACACAUGCUGUAAACUAAUCUGUACCUUUCAUGCACGUUGAUGCUUGGGUCAGUUUACUUGACUGUUAGU